CAGUAACGCGCGUCAGUGCCAGGCUGCGUCACUUGAGACGAACGCUUUCGUUGGUCUCGAUUCUUUUCUCGCUCUUCUCCACGAGUGCUGAGACACAGAGACCGUGGAGAAUCGUGUGUUCGAAGCGGCGCGAUCCGAGUUCAUCCGAUCCUCCUUGCCGAUGUUCUUCUGACUUCUGUAGAGUAGAACGCCUGGCCGGAACAGUGGUGUCUCGCAUCGAAACAUGCUGGUUUCUUGAUAGGGGGCGAGAGUGCUGAUCGAUAUACCCUGAAGAAGAAAACAAUAGACACGUGUACUAAUUGCCCCGUGGAUUUCCAUUACGGUUGGAGCGAUUCGAGUGGUGCGCACGGAGAGAGAACAUCUCGUGGAGAUCGAGACGAUUGGUUUGUUCCUUGACUUAUCCCGGAGUCGAUAACAGAAAAGAUGAGACCACCUUCGUACAAUGGUGAACAAGUGCAACAAGUAACGCCGGAGCAAGGGGAGAGAAACGUGGCCAUGGCUGUUUGCGUUCAGUUGGCGGGCCGGGCAAUCAUUAGGGUAGUUUCCCGGUGCGAGGAGGCUCAGGACAAUUGCAAUCUAGAUCUAUCAGAAUGCCAGUUGAUGCAAGUACCUGAUGCAGUUUAUCAUUUAAUGAGACACACGGAAUUGAAAAGAUGUGAUCUUUCUGGAAAUGUGAUAACAAAGAUUCCACCAAAAUUUGCUGUAAAAUUUUCACUAAUCACAGAGUUGAAUCUGAGUCACAAUCAAAUGAGUAAGCUGCCAGAGGAGCUUUCCGAACUGCAAGCCUUAGAAAGGUUGAAUAUUUCUCAUAAUACUUUCAUUGCUUUGCCACCAGUUACUUAUCGGAUACCACAGUUGAAAUAUCUUCAUGCUAACAACAACUAUAUUAUUGAUGUGGACGUUGAAAGACUUAGGCACGCACCCGUCCUGGAAUUCAUUGAUCUUCAAGCAAAUCCGUUGACGGCCAGAAUGCACGAUCUUCUCGGUACCUUGACCCGAAUUCGAAUUGAACUGACGCCUAGGCAAGUCGAGGAAUGGGAAGAUCUUACUGUAUGAGAGAGAUUGUUAAUUGGAGGAAAACAAUCGAGUCUGUCGCAGGGGCAGAUCAUCCCGCGCUAACGUAGUUUGCUUCCGUUUCGUCUUGACUGAAAUUGUUCAAGGGUUUGCAAACAAUUCGUUGCGCAAGUUCAAAAAGAAUAGCGACUAUUUUGUACAGUAUACAUGACUGACCAAGAACGUGUGUGGCGAAAAGCGGCAAGAAUCACACAGGAAGCCAAGCAACAACGCUUUAUUGCCGACCGUACAUUUGUACUCUUCUCGAGCACUUAAAACAGCAGAGGCUUGCCGUGUACCUGGGACUUUUUCUUCAUUGAUCUCGUGAAUGAAUAUCGAUCGAUCGUCACUUCGCUUCUUCUUUUCUACCGUGUGUUUUACUUAUUUUUUCUAGAUUUUUAAUCGGCCAUCCGCUCGUUCAACCGUAUACCUCUGUGAUUCUAUGUCACGAAAAAUCCACGAGCUGCCGAACCAACUUAUUAUCAUAUUUUUACUAACUUCGAUUAAAUAUCCUAUAAAUCUAAGAUACGUUUCACUAUUUUUUAUGCGUGGACUUGACAUAUUGCGAUAUAUAUGUGUGUACAUAUAUUGUGUAAAACGAAAUCAUACGACUGCCAAUGCACAGGUGAUCGACUGUUAACAUCCUCGCCAUGAGUAAUUGUUAUUUUGUCUAUGCAAAUGAAAAAUGUAAAAAAGUAUAUAUGCGUAAAAGCGCGUGCACCAAGGGCAACUGUUGAUGAACGCGAGAAUUUUCAGCUUUUCUGUGUUUUAGAUAUGUAUAUUGUGAAUCUGCAACGAGCUUGCAAGAACAUUUAUAUUUAAUUUAUAUAUAACUGUGUGUACAUGCACAAUACACAUCAGAAUGUAUUAAUUUGUAUUUCCGAUCUAGUCAAUUGUCCGCGAAAUGUUGCAAUAUACUUUUAAGAAACAUGAUAAUA